UCAUCAGCACAUUUCUUCUGUCUGUUUCUGUAAUUUUCUGCUCUGAAAAUGUUUCUGUGUUGGUUCUGCUGACUGGUGCUGGUUUCACUGGUUUCACUGGGAAUGUGGAGGAUUUCCUGCAGCUGCACUUAAUGCUGCGCGUUUUCAUGCGAUGAAGGAGUGAUGCAGGAAACCCUCUGGUUCUGGACGUUCUGCAGCUUCACCUGCAGGUUCAGAACCGGUCCCAGUCAGAACCGGAACAGAUUCUACCUCACCACAGUGUCUUUGCCGGAGAACAGCAGGAACAUGACCCUGACAGCGUACAGAGAGAAGAUGCGAGAGCUCCCCCUGGUGUCCAUCUUCUGCUCCUGCAUCCUGCCUCAACCCAGGGAGCAGACGGCCAACAAGCAGGAAGGCGUGGUGGACCUGAACCUGUGCAACAUCCGGGACAUGGAGGUCAUUGAGCUGAGCAAGCGUGCGAGCGGCCAGGCCUUCGAGGUCAUCCUGAAGCCGCCGACCUUCGAUAGUGCCCCGGAGCUGAGGGCCACCACGCCGCCCCGCCAGAAGCCGUCGCUGGCGGAGAUCCAGAAGAAGCUGGACGCCGCGCAGGAGAGGCGGAAGUGUCAGGAGGCGGAGCUGCUGAAGCACCUGGCCGAGAGGAGGGAGCACGAGCGCGAAGUGGCGCAGAAAGCUUUGACCAAAGACCGCCAGGAGCAGCGCGUCAACGCCAACCCUCUGCAGAUGCACCUGAACGCCACACAGGAGGAGGACAAGCACAGUGUGGAGGUGUCAUGAUGGCCUGAUCACAACACAAGCUGAAUCUUAUCCAGAAGCCGAUUUUGAGGGCUGAUUGAGGAGCUGGGAGACUGGAGCUGCUCUGACUGGGAGGACUGGGAGCAGAACCAGUGGAGGACAUGGAGGACUGAGGGACGUUUGUCUCCUCCACCAGGACCCUCGUUUUCAAACAAACGCUGCAGAUUCAGUCAUCGCUGGACAGUUUCCUGUGGCUUUACUGUGCUUUGUUGCCAUGCCAACGGUGCCAAUGUCUUCAUGUGUGAGUGUGACUGUACAUGCACCAACCAGAACCCACCCCGGCUGAAACGGAUCAGCAGGGUUCUGUCUGAAACUGGAGCUGGACCACAUCGACCCGAGCUCAGAUACUGAGUCAGACUGCGCCCCCUGCUGGACAGUUUGGACAUUUUACUGUGAUGUGGUUCCUUGGUGACAUCUAGUGGCGCCUCUGAGAACAGCAGAAAAUCAGGAACCCUGCUGCUAGAACCACAAGAUCUGUACAGGCCCAGUUCUGUUUGAGAACCAGAACCAAGCAGAACCAGUUGGACCAUUCUGGUCAGGAUGAAAACCUGCAGGAGAAAAGACGGCGAUCCAAACGGCUUACAGACCAGAACCACCUUGUUCCAAGUUAUUGUCAGCAAGUGCAACUGAAACCAAACGGCUUUCAGAACCAAGAAUUAGAGUCCAAUUCCUGCCUUCAGGACCGAGAUACCAGUAGAACCAGAACCGGGCCCCAAACAGCCUGAGGUAGAGUCAAAGAUUCUGGUCCGGUUUCAGUUCUGGUCCCAACAGAGAGAGGAGAACAUGUUCACCUGCAGGUAGAGGAACUCCUUCCUAAUGUGGACCAAUCAGGAGACACCACCUGAGUUCUGAUUGGCUAGGACUGAAGUUCAUAACAGAACCAUCAGAGCUGUUCUGCUCUGCUGGUACCGCCUAAAGAACGCCAACCUGAACCGACCCGAAAGUCAGACCUGGAGGUGGUUCUGACCCAGAUUCAGAUUAAAUCAGAUAAACUCGGGACCAACAAGUCCAGACAGGUAGAAAAACCUGAGAGACUGAGAUGAGAACCAAGACAGAGAGGCCCGGGUCGGUGGCCCGGGUCGGUGCCAUCCAGCUUUAUUUCUUCAGAUUCUGUUGAAAUUGUCUGACUAUAACUGAAAACACCCUGAUACGGAUAAUGAUGGAUGGAUGAUGGAUGGAUGAUGGAUGGAUGCAGCUGCUCUUAUCCAUUGGCCUAGUUAAAGGACAUGUUGUACAGAAAUCUAUUUUAAAGAAUAAAGAAGCAGGAUCA